AUGACUACUACCACUGCUCAAUUGAUUCAAAAAUAUUCAGAUUUAUUGAAGCACGCUACUGAACACAAGCUAACCAGCGAGUUAUGUGCUGGUACCCUGAGUGAUAGAACACUGUGUAUCUACUUGGCGCAAGAUCUAAAGUUUUUCAACACCUCUUUCAGGCUGAUCUGUAAAACAACAACUGAGUGUCCUAAUGACAAGAGUAUGAUCUAUUUGGGCAAGAAAAUAGGGUUUUUUGCCAAUGAUGAGAACGAUUACUUCCAGAAGUGCUUGGAACUAUUAGCUACCGCGAUUAAAGAUGAUGCAGACAAAGAAAAGAACUGCACAAAUGAAAUUCCAUCAACUACAAGAUACUUGAAGUCGAUUCAAGCAAAACUAGAUGAUGAUAAGAAACUGUACGAUUACCCAAAGCUUAUCACUGCAUUAUGGACAGCAGAGAUAGUUUACUACCUAUGGGCUCACAACACACCAAGGAAGGAAAACUUGCACUGGAAGUACCAAACAUGGAUCGAUCUUCACGAUGGACCUCAUUUUGAAGAGUGGUGUGAUUUCUUGGCCAAAGAAGUUGACCAGUACUCACUUGAACAAGUUGAAGACAGCUUUAAACAGUGUGUUGAACUGGAGAUCAAUUUCUUCAACGGUUGCUACAAUGCUUGA